CCAACCGCAAUUAAACGUCAAAGAAGAAUAAGAAGAAAACACACGCACACUAGUUUAUUGCAGCUAGCAAUACACACUACAGUUCCUCAUUGACCGAAUACAUAACACUAGUAAGCCCGUUUACUGUAGUUUUCCCCAUGUAAGCGAGGAAACAUGGCUUGGAAGUUAUCUAGCUCUACUGUAUUUAGUGAAAGCUAAGCUAUUCUCUUCUGUCGUAUUCGGGUGAAAAACGUUCCACAUAUCACUUAACGUUUUUGUUUUAUUUUUUUUAAACAUGUUCUCAGUUCGAUGUGUCCUGUGAUUCGCUGCUUAUGUGUUUACACGUCAAGUAGUCUUCAGUUUUAUUAUUAUGAGCUUUUGUGGCACACCAGUGUGGAUUGCUAACUGAACCAUUAGCCACCCAGUUUUUGUCUGUUAGUAGUCACUCUGGAACUCUGAAAUCUCGUCAACAGAUACAUCGAGAGCAUAGUUCUUUCUACAAACUCACAUAAUCAUGACUGCCAUGCGGGUGGAUGCUAAGGUGGUCAUGCUUGGCAAAGAGAGUGUGGGUAAAACCAGUCUGGUGGAGAGAUACGUCCAUCGCCGGUUUCUUGUGGGACCAUAUCAAAAUACUAUAGGGGCUGCAUUCGUUGCGAAAGCCCUCAAUGUCGGAGACAAGGUGGUUACUCUGGGAAUAUGGGACACUGCUGGGUCUGAACGCUAUGAAGCAAUGAGCAGAAUUUAUUACAGAGGAGCCCGUGCUGCCGUUGUCUGCUAUGACUUAACUGACAGCAGCAGUUUCGGAAGGGCCAGGUUCUGGGUGAAGGAGUUACAGAACUGUGAAGAGCGCUGCAAGAUAUAUUUGUGCGGCACCAAGGGGGACCUCAUUGAAACCGAUCGAAGUAUGCGCCAAGUCGACUACCAUGAUGUUCAAGACUUUGCAGAUGAAAUAGGUGCACAACAUUUCGAGACCUCCAGCAAAACAGGAAAAAAUGUUGAUGAGGUGUUUCAGAAAGUGGCUGAAGAUUUCAGUAGCUGUGAUUUAGAGUUCAUGCAAGAGGAGAAGGGAGUGGAUCUUGGGAAAAAGAAGGACUCUUAUUUUGACAACUGCUGCCAUAACUGACAUAUCACUGGAAAAAAACUGCUGUAUCAUAUGAUCUGUUUUGGAAUGACUGGAGGCUCACCAUCUUUUAUACUCCUCAAAGCAUCAGCUGGAAUUUUUUGCUCUUUACUUUUAUUCUUUUAUAAUUCUUUUCCCCAGUGUGCAGUAUGUUGAUGGGGUUCUUUGAAAUUAAGAACAUGAAACAUUCCACUUUUUCCUGUUCAAAGCAGUUAACUUUUUUUUUUUCUUUAACAUGUUUUUUUUUUUUCUUCGAACCUGAGAAUGUCGACUGAGGCAAAUAUUAACAGUGCAUGGCAAUCCGUUUUACCAAAAAGAAAAAAUACAAAGCAAGCUUUAGGAACAGAUGCCAUUGCAUGGAGGUUAUUGUUGCCAAUUUUAACAAACAAUGCCUUGAGUGAUUAAUCACCUUUUAUAAUUGAAAGUGACUCCAUUUUAUAGAUAUUUUGAGGCUCUUAAUGUUUACACCCAUCCUUUAUCACACUGCACUCAUCUAGGAACCAUUAAUUUCAUAUGUCCACACUACACUGGAGCCAUUUGCAGUUUUCACAAAUCUGAGACCAGUUCAAACUUUUUUCGGGAUGAUAAAGAUUUAAAAGUCAGAAAAAGUCAGUUUGCAAUUAUGGUAUUCUUGAAUUUUUAUGAAGAUGAAAAGUUGAUGUCAAGAGUUACUGGAGUCUUUUAUAAUAUCAUGGUAAAUUUGAUAUCUGGAAGUAUCAACUCCACAACAACAAAAAUGUUUCACACACAAGGUUUCACAACACAAAAGUUUCACUUAGUUUGCAAUGUUUGAUAAUAGAGCCCAUAGCUUCCUGUAUCGUGGUUGUCCAUUAUUUGCAGUUGACUAUCUGACAGGUCUUUACCAUAUUCCAGAAGCGAGUCGAUGUGCAGCAUUUGAUGAAUGUGAUGUUAAUGUUUACAGUGUUAUUUUUAUUAUUAUUUAAUUUUACUUCAAUGCAAUUUGGGUAAGAUUUUGUAAACUGGUUACACUAACUUGUCAGUUGUGAACAUGUUUGUGUGACUUUGUACAUACAGCUUUAGUUCACUCUCAGUUCAUAUUGUGCCUGUAUUAAAUACUGCUCAACAGGCCUGUAGCUAAAAAUAUGGUUGGCAUAUUUUACAUGUCAGUCCAAAGAGAUCAUAUUUUUUUCACUGGAUGUCCUACAGGAAAGAAGGACAAUAUUAUGUUACUUUGUUACAUUUACUGUGAAAUUACAUUAAGGUUAUAAAAAAAAAAAAAAGUCUGAGCUUGUGAACUUAAAACAGCUGUUGCAUCUUCAACUUUUCUUUUUUUUUCCAAUUUUGUUACAAUUAUUAUUUUUUAUUAUUAUUUUUUUUAUUUUAUUGUAAUUUCCACAUAUCAUAUUCUUCCUUUGCUGCCUAUUAUUGCUUGCCCUCACAUAUCUUAAGAUUUUUUUGUAUUAUUAUUAUUUAUUUAUUUUAUUUUUGUAAUAUGGACUCUCUGACCAAAAUAAUAUUAUCAUUCUGCCUGGGUUGGAAUUCAUUUAAUUGUUUAUAAAUAUUUUACAUUUAUUAUGUACAUUGCCAAAACCUUAUGUGACUUCUGUAAGGUGAUUUUGUGAACUUUUAUCUAUAUAUGCAGUAUAAAAUGAAAAUGUAAAAAAAAAAAAAAAAAAAAUCAGCCAGAUUUCAUAGAAAUUAAAGUAAAAUUAAUAGAUGAAAUUAUCUUAAAUGGAAUCACAUUAGAAACUCGGUGCACUUUCAGGAUAUUUUGAACUAAGAAAAUAAAAUAGAUUGCAAGA